UGCACUUACUCAUAUACCUCUCUCUCUCUCUCUCUCUUUCUCAAACAGAUCUUUCCGCCUCUCUCUCUCUCUGAAAUGGACCUCGCCGGAGCAACCUCCACCGUUGAUUCUUCUUCUUCCUCUUCCUCCGUAUCAUCAACCGCUACGAGCCACGAUUGCGACUCGCCACGUGGCGGAGAUGUAGACCACGAAUUGCUCCGCACCACGUCCGUUUCCGUUUCCGUCUCCCUUUCUUCGUCGUCUUCCGCCUCAAUCCAGCGAGUUCUCAGCUUAAUCCGAUCGGAGGAUCCCGACUCGAGGCUGUUCGCGGCCAAAGAGAUCCGUCGGCUGACCAAGACGUCGCACAGAUGCCGCCGACACUUUUCCCAGGCCGUCGAGCCGCUCGUUUCCAUGCUCCGAUUCGAAUCGCCCGAGUCGCACCACGAGGCGGCUCUCCUCGCUCUCCUCAACCUCGCCGUCAAAGACGAGAAGAACAAGGUGAGCAUUAUUGAAGCAGGUGCAUUAGAGCCAAUCAUCAACUUCUUGCAAUGUAAUAGCACAACACUUCAAGAAUAUGCCUCUGCGUCUUUGCUCACACUCUCAGCCUCCGCUACCAACAAACCCAUCAUUGGAGCUAAUGGAGUGAUUCCUCUAUUAGUGAAAGUCAUUCAACAUGGAAGCCCACAAGCUAAAGUCGAUGCAGUCAUGGCACUUUCCAACCUCUCUACGCUCUCCACCAACCUGUGCAUGAUCAUAGCCACCAAACCACUCUUACCGAUACUGAGUCUUCUCAAAUCAAGUAAAAAAUCAUCGAAAACAUCUGAGAAAUGCUGUUCCCUCAUAGAGUCCUUAAUAGUUUCUGGCGAGGAGGCGAGAACAGGUUUAGUUUCAUACGAAGGAGGAGUUUUUGCGGUGGUGGAGGUUCUUGAAAACGGGUCACUACAAGCUAGGGAACACUCGGUUGGCGUUCUCUUAACACUGUGCCAAAGCGAUAGGAGUAAAUACAGAGAGCCGAUUCUCAGAGAAGGUGUAAUACCGGGACUGCUUGAGCUCACGGUUCAAGGAACAUCGAAGUCUCGGACCAAAGCUCAAAGACUUCUCUCUUUACUAAGGAACUCAAAAAGUCCAAGAUCAGAGGUUCAACCCGAUACAAUAGAGAACAUAGUGUCGAGCUUGAUCUCUCACAUAGACGGAGAUGAUCAGUCCGGUAAGGCGAAGAAGAUGCUAGCUGAAAUGGUGCAAGUAAGCAUGGAGAAGAGCUUGAGACAUCUACAAGAACGUGCUUCCACUCUUGUCCGUCCCUAAAACAGCAUUUCCUGAGGUUUGAUUCUGCAUAAAGGGUGAUGAAGAUUGAAGGAUUGAUAUAUAUAUAUAUGCCAGUCCAGUGCCGGCCUUCUGGUUCUCAGUGACUUGGUUUCUUUUAUUACUCAAAAAGUUGUUCAUAAUAAAAGGUCUUUGGUGUGUGUACAUAUACAUCUCUAUAGAAACGUUUUUAAUUUUAAAUAAAAGGUUUCAAUCAUGUUGUUAUGGCAUUGAA